CUUGCCGCCAACCCGCCACAAAUGGCAACCCGCUCCAAGCUCUCAUAUUACAUCCGUCGUCGUCUCCGCUCUUCUUCCGCCUCCACCUUCCUUCCCGCCCUUUCUCACUCCCGCCAAUUUCACCUCCACUCCAACCCUAACCAAAUCCCUAUAUCCAACUCCAUCUCUAUUCUUCCACCGUACAACUUCAAUCACCAAACUCCCGCUUCCUCCCAGUUUCGGUUUUACUCCGCCGGCUCAGAUGAACCGGAUUCCGUUCCAUUUUUCGAUGGCGACUCCGCGGCUCAGCUCGAGAUUCCGGAUUACGGUGCCGUCGCCAGCGCCGCUGCUGGUGGCGGUGAAGAGCCGCUGCUUCCGGUUCAGGGCCUCAUUUCGGUGCUCGAUCACUUCCAUGACCUCACUGGUUUGCCAUGGUGGAUAGUGGUUGCUUCCUCUACUGUGGCUAUGAGAUUUGCACUGCUUCCAUUGCUUAUUGUGCAGCUCGACAGGUUGAAGAGGAUCUCUGUGUUUUUCCCCAAAUUGCCUGCUCCACUGCCACCAAUGUUCUCAGGAAAGAGUUUCAUCAAUCAAUUUUCUGUUUUUCGGAAGGAAAGAAAGGAAAUUGGAUGCCCCUCGUACUUUUGGUUCCUUGCAUUCCCCGCUGUUCAGAUUCCAUGCUUUUUCCUGUGGUUGACUACCAUUCGCAGAAUGUCACUGGAUAAUCAUCCUGGCUUUGAUUGCGGUGGUACUUUGUGGUUCCAGAAUUUGACUGAAUUACCUCACGGUGUUACAGGUCCCAUCUUUCCUCUCCUGAUUGCUGGUUUGCACUAUGCCAAUAUUCAGAUUUCUUUCAAGACAUCUUCUCUCAAUACAAUGAAGGGCGAGUUUGGCACAUUAGCUCGAUACUACAAGCUUUAUUUGGAUAUCCUAACAUUCUUUCUCUUUUUUAUUGGCUACAAUGUUCCCCAGGGAAGUCUAGUCUAUUGGGUUACAAAUAGUUCAAUAAGUGUCAUUCAGCAAUUAGCUCUGAAGAAUCCUACUAUACGUGCAAAGUUGGGGUUGCUGGACAAUGAUGAGCCCACAAAAGCUGUGGAUUCUGGGAAGUUGGGCACUCCCGAAAUAUCACCCUUAGCUUCUCCUACUAAAAUGAAGAAAAUAUCUUUACAGAACCUGUCACCUAAAGAUCUUGUUAAUCUUUCAAUUCAAGUCUUAUCUGAAGGUGAUAGAGAAAAGGCACUUCCUUUGCUAAGACUUGCUCUUAAGAAAGAUCCCGAGUGUGUACGAGCACUCAUAGUAAUGGGUCAGACUCUAUUGCAGAAAAAAUUGGAGGCAGAGGCUACUCAAUUCUUGGAACGUGCUAUUACUAAGCUCGUUAGUACUGGUGUCCCCACACAACUGGAGGAUAUUGAUAAUCUAAUUCUUGCAUCGCAGUGGACUGGUGUUGCGUACAUACGGCAGGGAAAAUUCCCGGAAGGGAUUGUACACUUGGAAAGAAUCGCACAAUUGAACGAGCCAGAUGAACCAAAGAUCAAGGCUCAUUAUUUUGAUGGGUUGUUAAUGCUAGCAAGUGCUCUAUCCAAUGUGGGUCGCAAGAAAGAAGCUUUAAAGCAUCUGCGCUUGGCUGCUGCUUAUAAUCCUGCUUACAAUGAAUACUUGGAACAGUGUGAAAAUGAGGACGACAAUUUAGUCACUGAUCUUGCCAGCAGUAGACGAUCAGAUUAUUGAUUCCGCAUUAAAUCAAAUGCAAAUUUUGCCAGGGCUGUGCCAUUUGCACUCUUCGGAUACACAGGAUUGGAGUGCGAAUAACAUCCCUUCUAUAGUUUUACCGUUUUGUAUCUCAUUCGAUAGUUAAUGAUCAUUGGUUUGCACUUUUAGAAUGGAUUAAACAAUGGAAAAAAAAAUACUUGUGUCUAUUAAGUAUGGACGCACACA